AUUUGGAUGAGAGAAAUAGAGUUGUAUUGCUUUCCAUAAUAUGACAAUGAAAUGACAAUUAACUGUGCAACUAGCUUGUUAGAUUGUGCCAUUUGAUUGUUGAUUUUUGUAUUUAGUUAAUAAAUAUUAAAUUGAAACCCUCCAACCUGCGUUUACCAUUUACAUUAGAUUUUUGUAAACAUUAUUUUUGUUUUUUUGGUGAAAAGAAAAGUGUUUUAAGUUUUGGGUUUGCCAACAGUUGAUAUUAUUAAUCAUGGUUCUUUUUGUUGUCUCUUUGUCUAAAGUUGCUUCACCAGCAAUAAUUAAUGGUGAAGGCCAAUUCUUUGCUCGUCAUCUGUCCAGUAUGCCAUCAACUCAUUAUUUUUGGAGAAAUCCAACUGAAAAGAAAGAGUUUAAAGCUCGCAGACAGCUGUUGAAUACUUUACGCUGGCAUGGGACAUCAGGCGCAUCUAAAGUGAUUUCUCCUACCGCAAUUAAAAAUAUCACUAUCCAAACUUGUGGUCCAUUGUAUGAGGAAUGGAGAGAAACAAGGAAAGCUUAUGCUGGUGCGCCUAAAGAAGGUUUAUCUUUUAAUGUUGAGUAUGUGGAUACCAAAGAGUAUGUCGCAAAUGAUAAAGCCCCAGUAAUUCUAACCCUUCAUGGAUCUCCUGGUUCACAUCAAGACUUUCAUCCAUUGAUUAAUCAUCUAGCGCCUAAAGGAGUUCGUAUCAUCGCCCCGAAUUGGCCAGUAUAUUCUGCCAUUGAUCGAACAAAAUAUUUCCGCCAUUCGUCUCAUGAAAAAAGAGAAUAUCUAAAAGAUUUCCUAAAAGCAAUUGACAUUGACAGGUUGGAUAUGCUAGUAACUCAUAGUAGUGCCGUGUUUCCUGCCCUUGAUAUGUGCAUUAAUGAACGAUUCCCUGUUAAUUCUUAUACACUAAUCAAUCCAGCUGGACAUAGAAAAAUAAUUGGCAUGAAGCCUGCUUGGUUUAUCGAUAAUCUCAUUCGAUUCACUCUUAAUCCUACUGGCCGGGCUAUUUUCCGUAAACUUGGUAAAUAUGUUUUCGCAUUGAAAGGAGUUCCAGUUCGUACUGACUCUUUGGAUGAUGUUAUACACGCUGGUACUGUAAUGUUUCUCUCAGAAUCAGAAAGAUUGUCUGGAUUCUUGGAGACCUUAAGGCAACAAAAACCAAAUCUUUUGUACAUAUACAGUGAGAACGAUAAAUUGGUGGAGAAACAAAUUUUCUAUGAAAUGGCUCAAAUACUUGAUGCCAAGGAAUCUCAAUAUUCAAAAUAUGAUGCCGAAGGAAAUUGUAUCGUCCGAGGUUCUCAGGAUGAUUGGAUGAAGAUUAUCCAGUUCGCAAAAGGUGGACACUAUGCAUUCCUUAAAUUUUCAAACAUUGUUAAUCCAGCAGUUGAAGAACUCUUGGACCAAGUAACUCGACAUAAGAAGCAAGUUGAUCUUGAAGUUAACUCAAUUGGACACCAAUCCAAACAAGCAUUGGAAUUUAAUAAUCACAGCUCCGAAAAGCAAGAAGAACAAGAGAAGCUCGUUCGCAAAAUGCGAUUUUAAAGAACUCAAAUAUCACUAGCGUUUCGACAGCUACUAUUAAUUGUUAUUGGACUUAUUUUUGCCACAACAAAAGCUUUCAACUGCAAAUCGUUUUAAAUUGGUGAUUGUAAUAUUAGCUGUUUUUGUCCUACUCGAGACUAUGUAUGUCAAUUUGACAGACUGUCAUUGAUUGUUUCAAAGCUGUUUCUUUCUUUGUAUCCAUUUAUCUACCUGUCCAUGACCAAUUUUUGUCGAUUUACUGAUUGUUAAAAUUAUUGUUCAAUAUAAUCUACUGAUUAAUGUUAUAAAUUGCCUAGUUUCUUCAACAUAAACUUUUAUAAAAUAGAAAGACAAAGACGGAACUCAAUCAACUUUGACAACAUAUUUGGUUGAAAAAAAUGAAUGAAACUUUAAUUUUAAUAAAUGAUCAUUAUAAUUUAUUGGUAA